GCGAAGGAACGUAGUUUAUUUCAUACAAAUAUUGAAUUUUCGCGGGGUCGUGAUAGUAGCGACAUAUUUGCGUCACGUGACCGUCAUCGAUCCAAUGGUUGAGCGCGUCUCGGGUCCAUUCAACUCGGUCCCGACAGAGACAGGGAAGGACACUUCACAACACCUUCUAUUCAUACGUAGGAGAUAUUUAUAUGUUUCUGUCCCUCUCACGCGUAUUGAGAAAUAAUUAAAUGAAUGGUGAACGAGUGAAACAGGGAUACGUUCGAGUGGAAAUUAUUGAAAGCGGCUGCCUAGCCCUAGGCCAGUCGCCAUGUAGAUUUUUUUGAUGUGGGUGUUGUGUCUCAGGAUGUCGAGCGCUUCAAUGAUUACUAUUUUCAAGUGGACGUUUUGAAUAUUGUGUAUAUCUAAACGAUUCGUGGUGUUUAAAGUGUUAGUGGACAAUAUUUAUUCUUUGUGUUCGUGAACGAUUCGGUUCAGUGACGGCAAAUAAUCUCUGGAGGGGGGCUGCUAAAAUACUACAAUAGGAUAGUAACAACGUUUUACAACUCGCUAGAAGUGUUCGGAGCGCCCAUAAAAUUUCUCAUAUCGGUGCGGGCGAGGCGGACUUCCAUUUUGUUUUAUUAUGAGGUUUCGUUGUUUACUCGGAGCGUCCACGACAAUGGAAAGAGACGGAUCACGGCCACAAUGACUGGGCAGUAGGCGGGCAUGCAGCGAGCCGCCGCGGGCGGCGCUCCGCAGCCGCAGCCCUCCGCCGCCGCCCCCGCGCACCCCCGGCGUCUGCACGCGCUCUACCCGGACAUUGACGACCAGAUACCCGCCUCAGUAAUCAGUAGCGUGGGCACAGUGAGCCUGUCCCAGGCCUCCUGCCCAACCUCCAUCACCAUGGCCAACCCCACCAACCCCGGCACCGCCAGCAGCGGCCAGGCCCAACCGGCCCAGGCCUCUCGCCUCCCCAAGAAACGCAAGUUCGACCCUUCAGAACUCGAAGAAAUGGAGAGAACAUGCACGAAUAAUGUCAACAACGUUGUCGUCUCCGCUCCGCAGGAGUACCAUCCGCAAAUAUACCAUCCACCUAUGCAGCCUUCGCCAAUCCAACCGUCACCGCCACAAGACAUGAAGUUUUCUCUAUAUCCAAACAUCGACUUAUCCGAAUGGAGAGAUCAUAGAGUCUUAGCCAAGCAGCAUAGGCUAUACAUCCCAGGAGUUAUAAGACAGGCGGAAGGUUGCAAGGUUGUUGUGGAACUCGACGGUCAGGAGCAAAGCCCGAUCGUCUACAACGACAUUUUCGGGGCCAACAAAUACGACGUGAUCAGUGACGCGAGCCCGUUACUCAACCAUCUGCUGAUAGGGUCGCCAUGUGUGGUGAGGACCACGGAUCCGAGCCGGGAGAGUGUGCAAAACGUUUUUGUGGAAGGACUUGUUGUGGAAGUGCUUAGUUCGCCGAUUAGGAUAAGAGUUAAGCAGGUAGACGGCAUGUGCAAGGAAGCCGUGGAAGUAAAGCGAGCAGAUAUCCGCCUGCUGCAGCCUCCUUGGGCCGACGAGCUCGAGGACGCGGGCUCGCACGCUGCCACUAUGCACUCGCAGCGGGUGCUGGUGCCCAUGCAGAUGAGCGAAAACUUCUACACAUCGUCGCCGCUCGGCGCCGGUCCCGUAGUCACCGUCGGGGCCCUCUCAAACGGUUCAAUGGACGAGCUCCGCAAGAGGCCCUUCGAUGACUACUGCGAGAGCGACGACGAACUACGCAGGGAGGACAUUAUGUUCCCCGACCAGGCGCAUAUGGACUGCAGCAACAGCAAACGCAGCAGCCUGCAGAGUCGCGGCAGCACCUCCAGUCUGCUGGAACGCAGCAUCACACCACGAUCUCAACCCCCCACUCCCAGAUCUCAAGCGGCAACCCCGCACAAAUACAAGAAAGGCGAUGUCGUGUCCACGCCGACCGGCAUCAGGAAGAAGUUCAACGGAAAGCAAUGGCGGCGGUUGUGUUCCAAAGAUGGCUGCUCCAAGGAGAGCCAGCGCCGCGGCUUCUGUUCAAGGCAUCUGUCGUUGCGAGGCGUGGCAAGGUCGUCUAACACGCCGUUGGCACAGGGCUCAGCGCAGCAGAGAAGCAGCAGUAAAUCCCUUUCAUCAAGCGGCACGGGCGUUGAAGGCGAUGAAACAUCCCGCGAGUCCGACACGACCCCGCCCAGCUACCGGCACGUGGCCGGCCGCUUCGACCCGGACGAAACCGAGGCCGCCAACAUGCUGGUGUCCCUGGGCAGCUCGCGGUCGGGCAGCCCUGGCGCGUCGCCCGCGGGCUCGCCGGCCGGCACGGCGCUGCGCAGCAACGUGUUCGUGCCCAUAUCCUCGCCGCAGCCGCCGAGGGCGCUGCCGCCGCACCAGCCCGCCAUCUACCCUCAUCUCAUCAGGCCCGAACUGGUUCGGCCGGGCAGAGUGAGUCCACCCGUCAACAGCGUGGCCACGAGCGUUAUAAGAGUGUCACCAGCUCCUACUUACCAUUACCAGGUCGAAAACCGCAACGGAACCACGACCAUCCAAACAAACAGCAUCAGCCAACCCAGCGUGAUCGGCGUGCAGACCUCCGGCCUCAACAUCCCCAACUCCCUCAACUCCCUCAACUCCCCCGUGCCCAGCCUCAGUCUCCCCUCCAGCAUAUCCCUCAACUUAAGCUCCCUCAACGGGCAAAGCUUACAGACAAGCAUAGCUAACAUCCGCACCGCCAAGCUGGACGAGAUACCGCAUAACCUGGUGAUGCACCGGACUAUACCGACGUCGAAUGGCAUAGACCUGGAGCAUUUAUAUCGAGCACAGCCGUUGUUGAGGAACGGUAUACAUGAUUAUAGGCGGGAGGAGUCGCCUACUAUGAACAAUCAUGUAAAUUUUGUGAGGAGUUAUGAGGAGGAAGAUCAGGACUAUACCGACGUCGAAUGGCAUAGACCAGGAGCAUUUAUAUCGAGCACAGCCGUUGUUGAGGAACGUUUGCUUACUAGCAUUGCCAACAUCAGCAUGGCCAAGCUGGACGAGAUACCGCAUAACCUGGUGAUGCACCGGACUAUACCGACGUCGAAUGGCAUAGACCUGGAGCAUUUAUAUCGAGCACAGCCGUUGUUGAGGAACGUUAUGAGGAGGAAGAUCAGUUUGAUUACUAGCAUUGCCAACAUCAGCAUGGCCAAGCUGGACGAGAUACCGCAUAACCUGGUGAUGCACAGGACUAUACCGACGUCGAAUGGCAUAGACCUGGAGCAUUUAUAUCGAGCACAGCCGUUGUUGAGGAACGGUAUACAUGAUUAUAGGCGGGAGGAGUCGCCUACUAUGAAUAAUCAUGUGAAUUUUGUGAGGAGUUAUGAGGAGGAAGAUCAGGACUAUACCGACGUCGAAUGGCAUAGACCUGGAGCAUUUAUAUCGGGCGCAGCUGUUGUUGAGGAACGUUUGCUUACUAGCAUUGCCAACAUCAGCAUGGCCAAGCUGGACGAGAUACCGCAUAACCUGGUGAUGCACCGGACUAUACCCACGUCGAAUGGCAUAGACCUGGAGCAUUUAUAUCGGGCGCAGCCGUUGUUGAGGAACGGUAUACAUGAUUAUAGGAGGGAGGAGUCGCCUACUAUGAACAAUCAUGUAAAUUUUGUGAGGAGUUAUGAGGAGGAAGAUCAGCGAGAGCACGUGAGGCUAGAGACACGUCCCGAAGCGACCGAGGCGCGAGUGGUGAAGCCCGCGCCAUUACAAGCGAGGCUGUACGUCAUACCGCAGGCCACCAACGAGAAGAAAUUCGUGUUCAUAAAAAACGAGCCGACUGAGACUGUUCAAAUUGAGCAGAAAACGCACCAGUUAGCGCAACAGAUGAACAUUAACAUAAACAACAACGACUCCGACCACGACCAACACAACAGGCCCCUGGACAACGGGGAUCAUGUGAAUAACGCGAACGGUAGCGCAGUGAUCGUGCGGCCCAGCCAACUGCUGCCCGUGCUGCCGCCGCCCACGCCGCACACGCACAUCAUAGUGUCAACGAGCGGCGUCAGCGGCGGCGUGUUCCCGUGGCAGUCUUUAGUACCACUCCUCACGGCGUCCUCUCCGCCCGCGCCCGCCAGCCCGCGCACGCCGCGCACGCCGCACACGCCGCACACGCCGCACACGCCACACACGCCGCACACGCCGCACAUCAAGCAGGAGGAGAUAAAGUCUGAGGGCGUGGACGGCAUAACUUCCAUGUGCACAGAAGAGGACGAGGAAGUAUUCGAUUGCGACGAACCCAGCGGCGGCGACGAGAGCAGCAAGCGGCGCUCACACAGCCUGUCGUCGCUGCCCGCGGCCGGCCCGCAAGAGAAGAAAGAACACAACCGCAUCCGGCGGCCAAUGAACGCGUUCAUGAUAUUCUCGAAGCGACACCGGCAGAUGGUGCACCAGCGGCACCCGAACCAGGACAACCGCACCGUCAGCAAGAUCCUAGGCGAGUGGUGGUACGCGCUCAAACCUGAGGAGAAACAGAAAUACCACGAACUGGCUAGCGAGGUCAAGGAGGCUCAUUUCAAAGCUCACCCCGAAUGGAAAUGGUGCAACAAGGACAGAAGAAAGUCGUCCAGCAGUCGGGACCCCACAGGGUCCAUGCCGCAGAGCCCGCGGACCCCUUCAGAGGGCCCCAACACAAGCAGUGCCUCCGACCUGCCCGUCACGGUGGCUUCCUUCAACCAUGCUAGUUCACCGCAGCUUAGCGAUGACGAGAAGAUGAUUACCGCCUCCAUCUGCGAGGAAGCGGCGGCGGCGGCGCACAACGCCGAGAUGGACCUGAAGUGCGGCGAGCGCGUCACGGACUCGGACUCCGACACGCACGAGCCGCGCGACUACCUCAAGCACCGCGACACGCGCCGCCCCAAGCCCAUCAAGGCCAGGGCCGGCUCGUCUGAUAAUCUGCUCGGCGGCAUAACUGCGUCGAGUCCCGGAGGGUCUAAGGUGUUCCAGCCCACUGGGGGCGCCUUCAAGUCCACACAUGCCGACUCGGAAACCCACCGGCAAUGGAACGCGUACGCGCACAACAAGAUCAACCACGUGCCCGCCUCCCCGCACAGCACCGCCGCCAUCACCAGCAGCGUGCAAGGAAUAUCCCUCUCCACACCCAACCUUACCACUCAAGCGGCUCUUGACAACGCCAUCGCUUCGCUCAUGUCGCCGACACCUACCUCUGGCGUGCAAGUUAUAUCCAGUGGCGUGUCCAAUGUGCAGUCCGUGCCUCAAGGGAACCUGAGCAAUGCGCUGUUGAAGAGCGUAACGCUGGUCAAACGCAGUGUCGGCGACAACGCCACGGGUCCCCUGACCCUGUCGGUGGACGCGUCGGGCAACCUGCUGCUGAAGGCCAGCCAGGCCGGCGAGGCGCCGUCCGAGCCGCAGUUACACUACGUCCAACUGCAGAGGCUCUAUGUACCCUCCUUCAAUACUGCAUCGGGCAACCUGCUGCUGAAGGCCAGCCAGGCCGGCGAGGCGCCGUCCGAGCCGCAGUUACACUACGUCCAACUGCGGAGGCUCUAUGUACCCUCCUUCAAUACUGUCAAUAUACUCAACCUGUACAAGUGGUGCUGGACACAAGCAUCGGGCAACCUGCUGCUGAAGGCCAGCCAGGCCGGCGAGGCGCCGUCCGAGCCGCAGUUACACUACGUCCAACUGCAGAGGCUCUAUGUACCCUCCUUUAAUACUGAAGUUGAACCGCCCAAGUGCCAAAGCCAAACGGUACAAGGUCCGGGUCCAGGCCAGUCUGUGAUAGUGUCUCAGAGCAACGCUCAACCCACGCAGAAACCCAAUGCAUGGCUUGAUGUGGAGAAUGAGUACAAUUCUUCCACAACAGGUCAUUCACGCACUGCAGAAAGCUUGCAGCAAACUUACAAGAAUCUGAAGAAAAAAGCCAAGAAGAAUGCAUCCGCGCAAAAAAUGGAUGUCAUGGGUACAGUUUCUUCAUUCGUGGAAAUAGAUAUGCAAGAUCCUGCUGAUAGCAAGGAGAACAAUACCAAACUACCUACAUAUUUCACCAAUGAUAGGGCCAAUUUGAAAAAGAAGCCACACCAUUUGUUGACAUGUAAACGGAAACUAGAAACUGAAACUAAACAGACAGUUACUGAAAAAUUUAAAUUACUUGCAACUGUGAAAAUGGACUUACUGGAGCUACAGAAGGAGUUGGUCAAAACCCAGCUGCAAGAGGAACAAGAUCAAGCGGAGCAUAACCGUAUGAUGAGAGCAAUGGAGAUAGAGAAUGCAGAAAAAAAGCAGUGGGAAAGCCCCGCGGAGGAGGCGCGGCCCUUCCCGCUCGCGCCCACGCCCGCGCAGCUCGGCCGCGCGCCGCUGCAGAAGCGACUCAGCAGAGGCACGUCGACCGGGUCCGCGGGGUCGGGGGAGGCGGGGUCGGCGCCGCCGUCGCCGCGCGAGCCCGACCACAAGAAGAGCCUCUUCAAGAAGGGCACCGAGGACGGACGCGACAAGGUCCUGGAAACGGUGAACUUCGAGCAGAAAUUCAGUACUCUACCACAGUUCAAGCCCGAAGCGUGCAGCCCCAGCGUCGUGGUGCCGAGCAGCCCGCAGUUGUACCUCAGGAAGAAGCACAACAACAGAAUAGAAGAGGAGGUGCCUACAAUGACGCCGGUGCUGGAGCCCGAGUCGCUGCCGAGCGGCGCCAUGCCGACGCCGCACUCGUACGGGACCCCGCACACCACGACCAAGCUUGUAGGCAACACUUUCUUCGGGCCCGACUUCAACUUGGACACCUUUAGAGUAUCGGAGAGUAUGGAGGAUAUGUCGCCGCGCACGCCGUGCACGCCGGGCGGUGCGCGCGGGGAGGCGGGGCACAGGCGGGUGCUGGAGCAGCGCCGCCACCUCGUGCUCAAGCUGUUCCAGGAGCACGGCAUGUUCCCCACCACGCAGGCCACCACGCACUUCCAGGCGACUCACAUGGACAUAUUCCCGAACAAGAUGUCUCUCCAGCUGAAAAUCCGCGAGGUGCGACAGAAACUAAUGGCGCAGUCCAACCUCACUCCGCAUUCCGACAUCAACACACCCACUAACGUGAACUCGCCCAUGUCCGCGCUGCAACCCACGUCCACGGCCAGUUAGCGCUGCGGCCUCACCGUCUCCAUCGUGGUGCGCGAGUAACACCACACACACACACACACACACCGACGGUUAGCA